AUAAUAAUAUAUAUGCAAUUGAUUUUACAGGGUGGAGAAUUGUACAACUUGGACAAAAGUACUGAUUGGAUUUGGGAUUGGAGUAGCCGACCAGACCAGGCACCUCCCAAAAACUGGAAAUUCAUUCAUCCUAAGAAGAAGACAUACAGUAUGCGUAACGCUAAGGUUGGCAAAGACGGCCUCUUUUCUAAAGAAGUUUUGUAUACUUUGUUCCUGACCAAUAUUUUAUCCAUACUGCUUGGAGCUGGUGUUGGUGCCUGGCUAUGUAAACGUGGCGGUAUUAUGAUGUCCAGGGUGACAUUGGAAUAAUCUGUCCGUAGAACGUAACAUAAUAUACACAUGCACAAAAAAAAA